AUGGUGGGGGCAGCAGACAACCCAGCGACUUGCAACCUCACGGGCUUUCUGGCCGACGAAAAGCUGGUAUACUACAUUAUCUUGAUAUUGAUACCUUUCCUCAUUCCUGUGACAUGGCUUCGGCAGAUCAAGUAUUUUGCAGUCAGCAACACUAUAGCAUCGACUUUAGUUGUGGUCUCGCUGGCAUAUAUGCUUGUUCUCCUGGGCCAUCGGUAUGCAACCGCAAAAUCACCAGGUGAGGGACUUUUGCUAUACAAUUUGCACGGAACGCUGGUGUAUCUUGGCACCGCAAUGUAUGCCUUCGAGGGCGUAGCAGUGCUGCUUCCAGUUGAGGACAAGAUGGAGACUCCGCAGUUGAUGCCACAGGUGGUAUGCUGGACAUUGGGGUUUGCGCUCUUUUUGCAAAUUUCUUUUGCAUUCAUUGCAUAUCUGAACUACCGUGGAAGAACGCAAUCCAUUGUGACGAUAUCUUUGGCCGAUGGCCAAAUCGCAGGUGGUAUUGCCUCUGUCGUGUUUGUGCAGUUGGCCUGGGUGGUAGAGGUCCUUUUGACAUUUCCUCUUCAGCUCUUCCCAGCCGUACGAAUAUUGGAACAUUCUUGCUCCAUCACCGAGAGGAACUCGGGUUUGAAGUGGACGAAGAACCUUAUGCGUGCUGGCAUCGUGCUGCUGUGCAUGCUGGUUUCUCUAUUUGGCUACACUUCUGUGGACAACAUGGUCUCAAUGAUUGGUGCUCUUGGGUGCAUACCGCUUGCGAUUACGUAUCCAGCUUUGUUUCACUACAAAGUGAAGCACGACUUUCCCGUGUGUGAGCAGGAUGGAGAUUCAGAAGAAUCUACAAGUACUUGCUUGCUGCAGGAUGGUUGUAAGCCCCAAGUUGAGAAAAGUGACCUGGCCAUCGUGAUCAUGGGUAUUCUCAGCACAGUGACUGCAACUGUCAUGGCGGUAAUCUCGUGGUCAUCUACCGAUUUUCACUUUCAGUCCUGCGUUUUGCGCCACUAG